AUGAGCCUUGCAGACGCUAACCGUCAAUACUUUGAUUCCAUCUCGGAUACUUACGAUGCCAAACCCUGGUUCGCAACAGUAAACAACCAAGUCACCGAAGCCCUACGCCGCGAUUUAUCCUGGAUCGGUAUCCCGCUCGUCAAUGUCCCCACGGAAGGACAGAAGAGCACAGGUUUUGAGCAAGUCCGAAUGCUGGAUUAUGCCUGUGGCACGGGAUUAAUGACGAGGAUCUUCGCUCCCUACAUCACCCACACAACCGCUAUCGACAUCUCCCCAAACAUGAUUUCAACCUACACCUCGCGCUUCGCCUCCGUCUCCCCCCAACCCAUUACCAUCACCACUGCAGUCGGCAACCUCUUCGACAAAUCCGAUCCCAACCCUUCUUCCCUGGACGCACCAGAGUUCCGUGACUUCGACCUCGCGACUGUAGGUUUCGGGUUCCACCACUUCGAAGACGUAGUGUAUGCUGCAAGCCAACUCAAGGAGCGGCUGAGGCCAGGUGGUGUUUUGGUGAUUAAUGAUUUUCUGGAGGGAGGCGAUGUGUUGGUGGAUGAGGAGGGGAAGAUGGUGGAGGGGAGUCAGGGGAAUCAUGCUGUGCAUCACCAUGGUCAUGGUCAUAGUCAUAAGCAUGAGCAUGGUCACAAGCACGAUCAUGGCCAUGACGAGAGCGACAAACACGGCGCUAGUCUUCAUAGCAAAAUGGCUGCUUCAGUCGUGGUACCGCAUUUCACCAUAGACGGAGUGCGCGAAUUCUUCGAGAAAGCGGGAUUUGUCGAUGUAGACGUCAAGACUAUGAAGGAGAAGUCGUACAUGGAGUUUGGCGGCAAGAAGAUGUGGCGGACGAUUUUGUUUGCGCGGGGAAGGAGGCCAGUGAAUGAGGAGAGCAAGGAGAAGAGUGAGUUGUAA